AUGUCUGUGGUCAUCCCCACUGACACAGCAGCCAGGGAGGCAGAAGAACAGCACAUCAAGAAGGCCCUGAGUAAAUGUGGUUAUCCCAGCUGGACGUUUGUCAAAGUGGGAAAGGCACCUAAAGAAAGCUCCAGCCGAUCCAGGAGAGAAGGACAACCGCUGCCCAAGCGAAAACCUCGUCGAAGGGCGCUCAGCCACUCUCCUCAGUACCUCCCCCAGACGAGGCUGUUCAGCAGCAGGUGUGUGUCAUCAUCCUCCUCAGUUUCCCAGCAUGCCUGUGGUGUGGAGGUGUAUGUUGGGGAUCCAUUCGUCCUGCUGCCCUGUAAUAGCCAAACAUCUGAACUGGACAACUCCACAGUGGUGUGGAGUCGCUCCGACCUCAGUCCUCCAACCGUCCACCAGCGUCAGCAUCAAGGAGACGAACUGAAAGAUCAAAACCAGCGUUACAGCGGCCGAACAUCCAUGAAGACUGACGCUCUGGAUAAUGGAGACCUCAGCCUGAACCUGACCAACCUCCAACUGUCUGACAGCGCCACCUACACCUGCUCCAUCAGAGAACAUGGAAAGGAACUGAGUCGGAGUGAUGUACAGCUGCAGGUCAAAGGUCAGCAAGAAGCUUCAGCGACUGCUGUAGAGCAGUGGUCAUACUGGGAGCCUCUCAUGUUUCUCCUGGUUCUGGUCCUUACAGUUUCCGGGGUUCUUUUAAUACAUUUUCGUCAUUAUUUGAUAUCAGGCUGUGAAAGUGAAGACGGGGAUUCUGACGCCCUUUAAAGCACAGCUGACCUUCAUCAGGACGUCACAGAGGAGACGCUCAAACUACAAACACACAAUGAUCCACAGACACACACCUGCCUGAUAAACUGCUCUUAGUACAUCAUCACACACACAGGAUGUGAUUAUGCACAAAGUCUUCAAGCAACCAAUGAGAGCACAGGAUACGACUGACUGACCUCUGGUAGGAACCACAGGUGUGGACACAGGUACACACCCCACAGCAGCUGAAGCUUUCUGCCUCUCUGUAGACAGUGUUUGUUUACAUUGAAAGCAACAAUCAGAUACUACAGCAGUCACGUGAAUUUAAAGGUUUUUCUGUGAGUGAACUGACUACAGCGGCUACAACGCCGUCCUUUGUUAACGUUGUUGGUCCAGAAACUUCCUGUUCACUCAGAACCUGAA